AACACCAUGAGACUGGUUCUUCCUAACCCGGGACUGGAUCUGAGGAUCCCCAACCACGAGGACCUGGAAAGGCUGGAGAAAGAGGAGGCAGGGGACAGACCCAAGUGGGACAACAAACUUCAGUACAUCCUGACUUGUGUGGGCUUCUGCAUCGGUUUGGGGAACGUUUGGAGGUUUCCUUACUUGUGCCAAAGUCACGGAGGAGGUGCGUUUUUGAUCCCGUACCUGAUCCUGCUGGUGUUAGAAGGACUGCCUCUGCUGUUGCUGGAGUUCGCCAUUGGCCAGCGUCUGCGGAAAGGCAGCGUGGGCGUGUGGCGAGCCAUCAGUCCUUACCUGACUGGUCUCGGCAUAGCCUCCAUGCUGGUGUCCUUUUUUGUGGCCCUGUACUACAACACCUUGAUAGCGUGGAUCCUGUGGUACCUCUUCAACUCCUUCCAAAGCCCCCUGCCGUGGACUCAGUGUCCUCUCGCUGAUAAUAGAACAGGUUACAUAGCCGAGUGUCACCAGAGCUCCUCGGUGGAUUAUUUCUUCUACCGAGUCACCCUGGACAGCUCCACCUCCAUAUCGGACUCUGGUGGUCUCCACUGGCCCAUAGUGGUCUGUCUCCUGGCCGCGUGGACUAUUGUCUGCAUCUGCUGCAUCCGAGGGAUCGGCACCGCAGGCAAGGCCGUGUACGUCACCGCCAUCCUGCCCUACGUCGUGUUGGCCAUCUUCCUCAUCCGGGGACUCACGCUUAAAGGCGCAGUCGUCGGUUUGCAGUACCUCUUUACUCCAAAGUUGGACGAGUUGAUUAAUCCGUCAACCUGGCUGGAUGCGGGGGCUCAGGUCUUUUAUGCCUUCGGUCUGGCGUGGGGGGGCCUCAUCUCCUUCUCCAGUUACAAUCCCGUGCACAACAACUGUGUGCAGGAUGCUGUCAUCCUGUCUGUGGUCACCGGCCUGACGUCGGUGUACGCGGCUGCUGUUACCUACUCCAUCAUUGGCUUCAGGGUCACUGAGAAAUAUGACAUGUGUAUUAACGAAAACAUCCUGUCCCUCAUAAACGGCUUCGGUCUCCCCGAGGACAGCAUCACCCCGAGCAACUACGACUUAGCCUUCCAACAUCUCAACAGCUCAGAUCCGGACUUUGUUCUGGGCUUGAGCUUGAAGACCUGCGACAUACAAAAACUCCUCAGCCAGGGUGUGGAGGGAACUGGUCUGGCCUUUAUUGUGUUCACAGAGGCCAUCACCAAGAUGCCGGCUUCUCCUGUGUGGUCCGUGCUCUUCUUCAUCAUGCUCUUCUGCCUGGGGCUCUCCACCCUCUUCGGCAACAUAGAAGGAGUGGUGGUGCCCUUGAGGGACCUGGGGGUCUUUCCUAAAACGUGGCCUCACGAAGCUCUGACCGGACUGACUUGUCUCGGGGCCUUCCUCAUCUCCCUCCUCUUUGCACUGAAUUCCGGGAUUUAUUGGGUCGCACUUUUCGACAAUUUUGCAGGAUCAGUUCCUCUCUUGACAAUCGGGUUCUUCGAAAUGAUCGCUGUGGUUUACGUCUACGGCAUAGACAGGUUCAACGAGGAUGUGAGAUUCAUGACAGGACAUAAACCCGGCAUCUUCUGGCAGGUCACGUGGAGGUUUAUCAGUCCUCUCAUCGUCUUCCUCAUUUUAGUCUUCUACCUGGUGACUCAAUCUCAAGAAAAGCUCACCUACUUAAUUUGGGAUCCCCAAUCUGAAGGAUUCCCGUCGCUGUCGGUUGAAGAAUAUCCGUCAUGGAUAUACGUAGUGAUUUUUAUUUUAGCAGGUGUUCCCAGUUUGGUUGUACUAGUGUAUGCUUUCUGUCGCUUUAUCUUUGUUUGCUGCAAGAGUAGAAUAGCCUCAUGUAAUACCGUUUAA